UAUUAACUCAAUUUCCCAGAAUCCUAUGCCGGUGACCCAAAAUGGCAGCGCCCUGUAGGUUCAUUCCGGAGUUCUUUCAGGGCUAAUAGCUUUUUAAAAUAUGGGUUUAACUUCUCACCAAUGAGUUUUUCGUAACAUCGGAUCAACAAUUACUUUACUUAUGGUCACUAUGCACACUCUGUGAGGUUUUUAGCUGUGAUGCUAGGUUCUUUGGUAAAACGGUGGUGUGAAACGCCCCUGACAGUGUAUAGAUAUAUUUUAUUGUUUAAACUGCACAGAAGAACGCCUAGAAAUUACUGUUUGAGUUAUUCGGUGUUAAGACAUCACUGGACGAAGAGGCCGUCUGCUUUCUCCAACAACUUCAAGCUGCAGUCUUCGAAUCUCAGCAUACAAGCUGACAAGGAAGUCAUUGACUUGGCCAAGUUCCCUGUGGAUAGAAUCAGGAAUUUCUGCAUCAUUGCCCAUAUUGACCAUGGAAAAAGCACUUUGGCUGACAGGUUGUUAGAGAUGACGGGUGCCAUAGCAAAGACGGACAAGAACAAACAGGUGCUGGACAAGCUACAGGUGGAACGAGAGAGGGGCAUCACGGUGAAGGCCCAGACCGCUUCUUUGUUUUACACAUACCAGGACCAGCGGCACCUCCUGAACCUCAUCGACACACCAGGUCACGUUGACUUCAGUUAUGAAGUUUCUCGUUCCAUUUCUGCAUGUCAGGGUGUCCUGCUGCUUGUGGACGCCAAUCAGGGCAUUCAAGCACAGACAGUGGCCAACUUCUACCUGGCUUUUGAAGCCCAGCUCACAAUCAUCCCCGUCAUCAACAAGAUUGAUUUGAAAAAUGCAGAUCCAGAGAGGGUGGAGGCACAGAUUGAAAAGAUGUUUGAUAUUCCCGGUGAGGAUUGCAUCCGGAUUUCCGCUAAACUUGGCACAAAUGUUGAAAAGGUUCUCCAAGCGGUCGUGGAGAGAAUUCCACCGCCUGUGGCAAGCCUUGAUGACCCCUUCAAAGCCCUGGUGUUUGACUCCAAUUUUGACCACUACAGAGGAGUAGUGGCAAACAUUGCUGUUUUCGGGGGAAAGGUGAAAAAAGGAGACAAGAUCGUGUCUGCGCAUCUCGGCAAAGCCUAUGAGAUCAACGAGCUGGGGCUUCUUCGCCCAGAAGAGCACCCCACUCAGAAACUAUUUGCCGGCCAGGUGGGCUACCUCAUAGCCGGGAUGAAGGAUGUGAAGGAGGCCCAGAUCGGAGAUACCCUCUUCCACCAGGAGCAGCCAGUGGAGGCUCUGCCUGGUUUCAAACCAGCCAAAGCAAUGGUCUUUGCAGGUAUGUAUCCAGUGGACCAAUCAGAAUACACCGGCCUUCGCAGCGCCAUCGAGAGACUGACUUUAAACGACUCAAGUGUCAACGUGCAGAGAGAUAGCAGUCUGGCGCUCGGAGCUGGAUGGAGACUGGGCUUCCUGGGACUCCUUCACAUGGAGGUGUUCAAUCAGAGGCUGGAGCAGGAAUACAAUGCAUCCGUCAUCGUGACUGCACCCACUGUGCCUUACAAAGCCAUCCUGUCCUCCCCUAAACUCAUCAAGGAACAUGGCAGGGAGGAGAUCACAAUAGUGAACCCGGCCCAGUUCCCAGACAGAUCCGUAGUCUCAGAGUACUUGGAGCCCAUGGUCAUUGGCACCAUUCUAACCCCUGACACGUACAACGGCAAGAUUAUGACUCUCUGCUCGAAUCGUAGAGGUAUCCAGAAGAACAUGGUGUACGUCGAUGACCAGCGUGUGAUGAUGAAGUAUCUCUUCCCUUUGAAUGAAAUUGUUGUGGACUUCUAUGACCUCCUCAAGUCUCUGUCAUCUGGAUAUGCCAGCUUUGAUUAUGAAAAUGCAGGCUACCAGGCUGCUGACCUAAUAAAAAUGGAUAUCCUGCUGAACGGACGCCCAGUUGAAGAACUCACCACAAUUAUACACAGAGAACGUGCAUACAGCGCUGGAAAAGCCAUGUGUGAACGACUCAAAGAUUCCAUACCAAGGCAGAUGUUUGAGAUUGCUGUCCAAGCCGCAAUCGGAAGUAGAGUCAUUGCAAGAGAGACAAUAAAAGCAUACAGAAAGAACGUCCUUGCAAAAUGUUACGGAGGUGACAUAACGCGCAAGAUGAAGCUCCUUAAGAAACAGGCAGAGGGCAAAAAGAAGAUGAGGCGUAUCGGCAAUGUGGAAGUACCCAAAGAUGCUUUUAUUAAUGUUCUGAAGAGGACUGAAAAAUAAAACUGUAAAUAUAGUGUUGUAUAUGCAACUGGAUUAACAUCUGGAUAAAAAGAAAUAUGUGAACUGACAUGAUUGUGUAUUUUAU